GUGGCGGCUGAGCGGGAGUUGUUGCGCGCCCGUCCGCCUUGGCAUGGCGGAAGCGUAUUUCCCGGUGGGCCCCGGGUUGGGCCCCGAGGAGAACUUCUUAUCGCUGGACGACAUCCUCAUGUCGCAGGAGAAGCUGCCUGGCCGCGCCGAGAGCAACCUGCCCCGCUUGGCCUUCGCGCUGGGCCAAGGGACCGGCGCCGGCUCGGGGGACUCCAUCCCUGAGGGCUCAAAGCUAGAGAUCCCGAUGUGGCUGGCCAAGGGGCUGCAUGACAGCAAGAGGAGGCUGAUCUCUGUGGAGCUGCCGAAGAUCUACAAGGAGGCCUGGAGGACAGUGUUCAGAGCUGAUGCCAAUGUGGUCGAUUUGCAUAAAAUGGGGCCGUACUACUAUGGAUUUGGCUCCCAGCUCCUAAACUUUGACAACCCAGAGAACCCCGAGAUAGCUCAGACUAUCCUGCAGACGUUUAUCAGCCGUUUCCGUCGUAUCAUGGACUCCUCUCAGAAUGCCUACAAUGAGGACACCUCAAGUCUGGUGGCUCGGCUGGAUGAGUUAGAGCGAGCCUUAUUUCAAGCUGGCCAGAAGGGGCUGAACGACUUCCAGUGCUGGGAAAAGGGACAGGCUUCACAAAUCACAGUUUCCAGUCUGGUCCAGAAUUACGGGAAAAGAAAAUUUACAGAAAUGGAUGGGUAAAAGGCUGAAGAACAGGUGGUUGCAAGAGGGGACACAGAUUGAUUAUCACAGAAAAGAAAGAUGAAUCAGCUUUAGGAAAAGGACAGACUCUCUGUCCAUUAGUGGCAGUUCUUCUUUCUGACAUCUUCGGAUUAGCCUAGUGCAAAUUUUGAAGGCAGAUGGGAAGUGUAUUAAAAAUAGAUCACAUCAUGUUGCUGGAUAGCCCUAUGGCUUACUCAUACCACUCCUGAGGAUCUGUGGUUGUAGUGCUUGCUAAGUGGCUGAAAGGAUAUGAGAGGAUUUUCUAAAAGGGUAAUUGAUAUUUAUCAUUCUUUAUCCUCCGAAUUUAUAUUUGCAGUGCCAGAUCCGUUUGGAAAAGAAGUGUAAUUGUUUGUAUUCCAUCCUUCCCAUACCAGCCUCAUGGGAACAUCUGUUUCCAGCUUCUCUGUUCUUUGGAGAGCCCCAAUUAUAUGAAAAAAGUGCCACAAACCACACUGAACUUUUCCCAUUUCUUGUACAUUUAAGUAUAACAGAUGCUGUCCAUGAGGCAGGGAUCCUUUUCCUUGCUGAUUUUUGCACACGUUAGUACCUCAGAGAAUGUUUUUCCAGCUGUGCAGGUCUGAGGAGCUGCCUGGUCUUUUCCUCCCCCUCCAGCUCUGUGGGAUCAGCGCUGAGAGUGGUGGAGGAUGUUCCCAGCUGCUAUGAGUGCCUUUAGUGACAGAUGUGUUUUGGCAGCAGAUGUCGAGCUCUUCCACUCAUUUCACAGGAGCAACCAAAGUUAGUCUGGACUGAGUUAAAAGCAGGUGCUUUAAUGGAAAUCAUCCUCCAUUAUCAACCUCUGUCAUCUGUUUUCCCAUGAGAAAAUCUUCUGCAUACUAAGUUCGGUUACUAAUGGAGGGACAGAGCAAACGAACCGAGUUUCCUUCAUUCUGAUCCAUCUGAUUCUAUUAAAUGUCAUCACUGCCAGUAGGAGAGAUUGAAGCUGGUACUCACUGAGCAGCCCAGUGGUUAUCAUCCUACAUGCACAUCCUUCCUGCUCCAGGAGCCACCGGGAGACAGCAGCAGUUCUGAUGCAAGACCUUCAAGAUUUAUGCACCAAUUCUUGUAGGAGUUGUCUGCAUGUGUAUCUGGACACCAGAUUCUUCAGACUAAAGACCUGCAGAACAAACAGCGCGUGAUCAUUCCUCUGAAGCUUUGCCCUGGAGGUUGUGAGGGGGGGCAGGGUGUUGGCCUCAGCACCUGCUGGGGAGACAAACUGGAAGUUGUGUCUCACAAAGUACCUCGAUGUGUACAGAUUCAAAUGCUGCUGUACAACGUAGCCUAGGCAUUUUCUUGUAACAUUUGUAUGUUUUCUAUUUCUGGAUUUUUAUGCUGAAUAAAUAUUUUUAAGGGGAAGUUA